CUGCAGCCCCCGGCCCGCCAAGACAUGAGCGCCCCGCGGCGCGACGCACCCGAGGCGCAGCGGCCCGGCCCCGCGGCCCCGUGAUGGGCUCCUGCGUGUCGCGAGAACUGUUCACAGCUGCCCCCAAGGACUGCCCUGUGCCCCGGAGCUCAGACCCCCUGAACCCAGACCUGCCCUGCAGCUGCCCACCCGCCAUUGCUGCAGACCGUGUCACUGGCAAGGACAAACAGAUGGAUUUCUGUUGGGAUCCUUGGCAGAGGUGCUUCCAAACCACCAAUGGCUACCUGUCCGACUCCAGAUCCUGCUCCAGCAACUACAACGUGGCAGCCCUGGCCACCUCAUCCCUUGUGGGGGUGGUGCAGAGCAUCAAGGACCACAUCACAAAGCCCACGGCCAUGGCACGUGGCCGCGUGGCCCACCUCAUCGAAUGGAAGGGCUGGAGCGCCCAGCGCUCGGGCUGGGAGCUGUCACCGGCAGAGGAUGAGCACUACUGUCGCCUGCCGGACGAGCUGCGUGAGGCCCGCUUCGCAGCAGGGGUUGCCGAGCAGUUUGCCAUCACAGAGGCCACACUGAGCGCCUGGUCCUUGCUGGAUGACGAGGAGCAGCACCCCGAGGACAGCCCCCAGGACGUCGUGCAGCUACAGGACCUGGGAAGCUUCUACCUGCAGGACAGCCUUCGGAGCGGCCCCUCACUGGACGACAGCCUUCUGGCUUUCUCCCCCGACGGCUGGCCCUCACCUGACGAGCCCCACAGCACAGCAGCUGGCCCGCAGCCCCCCAGCCCUGAACAGCAGCACCAGCGGCGGCUGCCAGGGGGCCCGGGGCCUGAGGGUGGGGCCCACCUGCAGGGCUCCCUCCCCUCGGUGGACAGUGGCUCCCUGUCGGAGGAGGACGAGGUGUUCUAUAACUGAGGCGGGGGCUGUGCGGGCCGGGACCCUGCUCACACCCAGGACCUGGUCUGGCAAGCAGCCUGGGGACACUGGGACCCCAGGGUCCAGGAUGGGGCCUCCCUUGGUCUGCCAGGGCAGGUACAGGGUGGGUGCAGCCGGGAUGGGGGACCAGCACACCCUGUGGACCACUCUGUGCCUCUGUGGAGCUGCCGCCAGCACUGGGAGCCACAACCCCCCUUCUCCCUUCUUCUUCACCUGGCUCAGGUGGGCACCUUCCCCUGCCAGGUUAAUGCUAUCGGCGAGCUCAAGAACUCUCAGCAGACACCAGGGCAACCCACCCAGAGGGACUGAGUCAGGUCCCCAGACAGACAAACCAGGGAAGGUGCUGGAGACCCACACGGGGUGGGGUCCGGGGACCCUGCCUUGACCUCGGGGGCUCGAUCCCUCUCCCACUCCCUCUGGGCUUCUGCCCCCAAUCAAAGCUGGGGUGGCCUCUUCUGGUCGAUAAGCACCCCCUCCCCACGAUAUCCGUGGCUCUGACUGGAGUGUGUCCCCUCCAUACACUCUGAACCUGCUUCCUGGGUGCUCCUGCUUCCCACCCCAGGGAGCCUCCUCUCCCUCCUCACACCCCCCCCCCCAUCUCCCUCAAGGUUCUCUGAAGACAUUAAAGGUGGAUUCAU